AGAAACACUUUCAACAUGACGCUGACAGUAUAUGCUUUGCUGGCUUUCAACCUUGGCAUCCUCCUAACAGUGGUGGAGAGUCAGUAUAUUCCAAAGACCUGUCAGUGUCCACAGGCUAAAAUAAGAAUCAAGGGACCAUUUUCAGAUUUCAAAGUCACUCCAAAAGGACCUAGCUGUUUACAGGAUGAAAUCAUAGUUAUACUGCAGAAAAAUAAUAGUCACGUGUGUCUCAGUCCGGAAGGAAGACAAGGCAAAAGACUGCUGAAAUGUUGGCAAAGCAUGCAAAAGGAUGGCAAGGACAGCAAAAAAUGCAUACGCCGACAAGAUCAAAAGCCAAGGCAAAGAAACAGGAAGCAGGUUAAAUCCAGGAAGGUCACCUCUUAACCUCAAAUACUAAAGAUACUGAGGCAAAGAACAUAAGAGAUCCACAAGAGAGAAUACUCUUCAAAGCCUGUGCAAAGUGCUUUAGCACUGCUGUACAUUUACAAGCCAAGGACAUAAGAAAAGGCUGAAUUCAGAGGAGUGCACAUGUCUAUGGAGGCCAAGGGACGCCAUUUAAUGAAGACAUGAAACAACAGAGACAGCUUCUAACCUUGAUGUGUUUUACAGGGAUGAGUUAAGCCCUAUGCAGGUCUUACGUACUGACCAGUCUGAAGAAACUUAUGUCUUAUAAAUUGUUAUAAAUGUAUAUAUUCUUAUAUAUUGUUCUUUUAAAUGUAUAUAUUCUUAUAAAUAUCAGAUAUAACAGAUGUCAAAUCAUGUUACAGAGGUUCAAUAUAUACAUAGGAAUAUAUAUAUAUAUAUAUAUAUAUAUAUAUAUAUAUUACUUUUGAUGGUAUAACCUAAUGCAGUCAGGUUGAUUCAGUCUUUUUAAAUAAUAAUAACAUAAACCACAUGAAAAGUGAG